UUCGCGCGUUUAUCUCCUCUAACACCUCGUCGCCAUUUCGCGUGGUCUGGCAUCCAGGAAGAAAGCUGGCUGCCACAUGGAUUCGUCUAUCAAUAUGAGUCGAUGAAGCGCAGUAUGUGGCUCAAGCUGGAACCUGCAACAAUGCAGGGAAGGUCAGACUCUGGGCCCGUUCAGAUACCGAAGGGAAAAGUUAUAAGCAAACGGUGGCGGAUACUCAGAAAACUCGGUGAAGGUGGAUGUGGAGCAGUUUACAAGGUAGAAGAUUUACAAACAAAAAAG